UAUGAGAAUAUGAGCUCCUGUUUAGCGAUAGUCACCUGUCUGUGAUAGAAGAUUAUACGAUGGAUUCCAGCUCCCAUAAACACUAUCAUGUACAUGGAUUUGAUUCCAGAAAGCACCUGGACGAUUUCUUUUCAGAUAAAUCUGAUAUGGUCUUUGGAGAGGAUGCCUUAAUUUUUCCCAUUGAAAAUCUUACAAACAUUUUCACAAGGGGUCAUAUUAAAGGAGAUGUCCUGAUCGACCUCAGCCCUGGUUCCUUUAUUCAUCACCUCUAUGCUGCCAAUGAGUUUUUCCAACACAUCAUAGUCCUGAAGGUCAGUGACAGAUGCAUUUUGGAGCUGAAGAGAUGGCUGGACACACGGACAGGAGCAUUCGAUUGGGGACAUGCCACAAAACUUCAUGUAGGCAUAAAAGGAAACAGUGACCAGUUACAGGAAAAAGAAGAAAAAUUGAGGUCAACAAUUCCACAUGUUGUAAAAUGUGACCUUGAUAAAGAAAAUUUGACCGAUCCAAUGGUUUUACCCCCAGCAGAUUGUAUCAUCAGUGUUUGGCUCCUGGAUGUUAUCUGCAAAGAUGAAGACGACUAUAGGAGAUAUCUCAGGAAGUUCUCAAGGAUGCUGAAACCUGGAGGACACCUUAUAUUAAUUGGGUGUUUAGGUUAUUCACAGUACAUAAUCGGGAAAGAAAAGUUCCAUGCUUUUACAUAUGAUGAGGGUUUUGUCAGGAAAGCUCUAGUUGGAGAAGGAUUUGUUAUAGAUUACUGUAAGGUUAAGAAGAGAACGGCUGUGAGUGACCUUGUUGACUAUAAGGAUUUGAUAUGUUUAGCAGCUCACAAGGAGAAGUAGGUCUGAGUGGAAACUUACAUAAAUUAAAGGGGUAUUCCAGGAUCAAAAAUGUUUUUAAUGAUUUUGGGAGACAUGGCAAAAAUAAAAAAUACAUGAUACUUACCUACCUUGGUCACCUACAGCUCUAAGUCCUAUGUCUUCAGGUCCCCUGCUGAUUAGCAAUCGAUAUAUCUCAGCAAGACCUGCCCAGUCAAUCAAUCAGUGACAGAGAUCAUGCAUCACUGUGCUGGACCAAAAGUUGCAGGGGACCAAGCUUAAUGAUACAUGAUAAUCAUGUAUUUUAUUUUUUUUUGCCAGCCACCCAGCAAUAUAUAAAAACAUUGAAUCCUGGAAUCUCCUGUUAAGUCUACAUAUCAAUACUUUAUGUGUAAUGUUUUAAACAGCUUUCAGUCAGAACAAUAAGAGUUAAAAGUGCUAGGUUAUAUGUUAUAGAUAUACUGAGAGAAGGGUUGAGCGAGCCAAGCCCCCCAGACCCAGAUUUGACCGAAGUCUGGUAGGGGUUUGCAUUUGGCUAAAUAUUUAAACAUUGCCAGGUUAGGCUCACACAAACCUGGCAAUGUCGAGGCUGAGCUGUGCUCACAGCUGACAGCCACAUGGACAGCUCAGGCCAGCAAGGAACAAGUUAAAAAGCGCUUGCUAAGGUAUGAGGUAUCCACUUACCAACCUCCUUCCUGGGGUCGAGGCCUCUUAUGAUGACGUCACUAAAGGGGGAGCUACAGAAGAAGACCAGAAACCAGGAAAAAGGUUGGUAAGUGUGGGUCUGUUUGCAUUGUGUGUUUUUAAAAACCA